AUCGAUAAGUCAGGGCUGAUAAAAUUGUAAACAGAGGACGCCUAUAAACUGUUUUUUUCUGUGAAAAAUACAUAAAAACAUUAAAAGCGUUAGUAAAAUCUACUGAUAACAUACAUUUUAAGAUGCCGGCCUAUCACUCGCAGAUCAAGGAAGUGCGCCAGCAAGUAGGCAACAUGGCAAUUCUUCCACUUAGGACACAGGUGCGCGGACCAGCGCCCAGUGCAAAUGUGGAGAGCGACAUCAUAGAUGAGUCACUAUACUUUUUCAAAGCGAAUGUAUUUUUCCGCACAUACGAAAUUAAGUCCGAUGUUGAUCGCGUGCUUAUCUAUGUUACGCUCUAUAUUACCGAAUGCCUAAAGAAGCUCAAUCGGUCGACGAGCAAGGCUCAGGGACAGCAGGACAUGUACAGCCUGGCCAUCUCCAAGUUCGACAUUCCCGGGGAUGCCGGCUUUCCGUUGAACGCCGUCUAUGCCAAACCACAAACCGCCCAGGAUGCGGAUCUGAUGCGUCAGUAUCUCCUGCAGCUGCGCCACGAAACCGGAAACCGAGUGCUAGAGAAGGUAUUCAACACCGAGGACGGCAAACCCAACAAAUGGUGGACCUGCUUCGCCAAAAAGAAGUUCAUGGAGAAGAGCCUAGCUGGUCCGGGACAAUAAUGUGCUCACUCCAAUAUCAAUUCGUUGUUUUGCUUCUAUGACCGGUAAAAACGCUUCAAAAUAAGGAUUCAAAGCGGAUAAGGUCCUGUUUUAAGUGUCACUGCCAGAUUGUCACUUUAAAUUAGUUCUUGUUCCCCUAUAAA